UGAACUGCAAGUGUGAUCUUGAACAAUAGGCGGCCAACAAUGUUCGCUGUUACACUUUGGUGCAAGAGCUCUACGGCGGCGCUCCGUUCAUUUUGUGUGUUAUGAAAUGCAUCUUGAAGCAGGCGACAGUCGAGUCGGAGAUCGUGUAAUCCGCUAUCGUCAAUGCUAGAACCACCUGCGGAACCGUUCGAAAAACUUAAGGAACCAUCGUUCUGGCACUACUCAGCACCGUUACUGGAUUAAGGAAGAAAAUUAUAAGAUCAAGCGGAUCCAUUCUAGAAAUUGGAGGAUAGAUUAGAGAGCAACCCGCCUUGGCCGAUCGGAAUUCGGGACAGGAAUUGGAUUAUCACCGCGGGAUUUUACAUUGGAAUACAGUCAAGCUGGAGGACUCAUACAUCAUGGGGGACAUGGGAGGAGCUCCUGACCAUGACAAGUGUCAUGUGUGCGGUUGCAGCAAGGAACAGUACUACACUCUAAAGCAACGGGUAGAAGAGAGCAAACAGAGGAUUAACCUGAUGGAGAGCGAGUUCCUGCAGAGUACUCUCUACACAGAGAAUGAACUGGACGAGUGCAGGGAGGAGUACAGGCUGCUCCAGCAAAAAUAUAAUGCAUUGGAAAAGAGCCAUCAGGAAUUACAUGAAAUAAACCAGGAUCUAGAAGAGAGAAUUCUUGAUGUGGAGAGGGAGACACAACUACUAUAUGAAGACCAGGCUGCAGCCUAUGAGAAGGAGAAGCAAGCCCUGAACAGGGAGGUCUUGACGCUAAGCCAAAAGCUUUUAGACACCAAGUUUGAAAUCAACAAAUUGGAAGAGAAAAAUAAUCGAUACAAGAAAGAUUGUGAUCUAGCUGUACAGCUGCUACAGUGUACACCGUCAGGGGCAUACAUGCAACAUAAAGUUAGCCAGCUUCCACAAGACCUGCAAUACUUUGUCCACCAGAUCAUGGGUGAGAUCAAUAAGGGUGUGUACCAACCCUCAGCAACAUCUCCUACAGAAUCCAGUAACCAUCCUCUACUAGGAAGCUCAGGAACUUCCAUCUCUAAUGGCUUGAUUGCUGCCAGGACCUACAACUCUGUCCCUGCCCACGUGGUGGCACGGGCCAUGCAGCGCAGGGAAGAGGAGGAGAAGAAGGAGAUGGAGAAGCUAGUACCGACCACAAGAAAACGAAAGGUUGGGAAGGACGGUGUCGUUCUGCUGCAUGACAAGGGAACGCAGACCAUCACCAGGCCGACAAUGAAUAAGAAAUACUCGCUGUUGUGUGUGAAGUGCGGCAUGACCAUGAAGGAUGAAGAGGAACCCUCUGCGGAGCCAGCCGUUGAGAAGCAGAAAGAAAAGGAGGAAGUGGUGGAAAAGAAACCAGAGCAGGAAAAGCAUUUGUUAGUGGAUGUGAGCAUUGAAGAGGAUACAGAGCCACCUCCUGUCAAUCUACUUGAUCUUACAGACACUCCACCUCCCAGGGUACCUUAUCCCAAAGGUCCGUCAAACACUAGUCUCUUGCUUGACUUGCUUGAUGGACCAACGGAUGAUGCACCUGAAGCAGAGAAGGCAGCCCAGGAGCAGACACUUGUGGAUUUGUCUGACCUGGUUAUAGGUGUCCCAGAGGAGAUGAGCCAUCCCUCUGUUGAUAGCCCAUUGAGCAACGCCACUUCCCCGCAGGAUGCUGCAACCCCUGCUGAUUCAGGCAUUUUUGACGAUGUCUUGGCAACCUCUAGCGCAACCACCCAUACCUCUGAUUCAGCUGCUUCCAGUGACAUCGCUUCUCUUGAACCCGAGGCGGAUGCUGCAAUGAACGUGUCAAGACGAAGCACGCCCUCUAGACGGUUGGGUUCCGAAGGCGACGGCAGCCCACAGCACAAAGUCAACGGCGGUGGGGCAUCCAGUCCAUUAGCUUCGCACUACAAUAGCGAUUCCGACUCCAAGUCAGCUGAUGGACAACAUGAUGAUCCUUCAAGCCCUCCACCAAGUCCAGUCCGAACCCCUGUGGAUAAACCGGCACCAAGGCAUCCAAAGACCUCACCUCCUCCACCUCCUACAUCAAUGACACCUCAGACGACCAGUACAUCGACGGCCAUCGUCAAACCCAGAAUCAAUGGACAAAUAAAUGCUGGUGGAAGGCCAGGUAAAUUAGCCAACAAAGACGGGCCAAUGAAAGACAAGCCGCGACCCAUCGGUAGUGCCUCCGCCAACCAAGCUGCACCUAUCGGUAGAUCAAAGGCUUCGUACAUGCAGACGAGUGUGUGACGCUACGCUAGGGUCUGUGUAGAGUAGUAAUGGUUAACAUGCAUAUAUUGAAUUGAAAUCAUGAUUGCAAAUUUAGCAACUUCAUUAAAGACAACUCUGAUACUCGAUGCUUGUUUUUAUACCGCGUAGUUCAAGGAUUUCAUGUAUGUUUGAUGCCACUUUGAUAUGUACUUAGACAUCCAAACAAUAUCAGGACUCUUUUAACCGUGUACUUCUAUAUGUCUCAUUUCCAUUCCAAAUUGAUGCAGAGUGUAAUCCCCAAGUAUUUAUGUGGAAACCAUUCUGUAUCAUUGUCAUUUGUUUUAAUAUCUAUUGUCAUCAAUGCAGAUCUAGCCCUUGAAACUUGUAGGUAGAAAGUAACAUGUGAAGUUUGCUUAGAUGCUUAAUGAAAUGUAAUUAAGACUUAUAAAGAAGACAUUGCAUACUGCAGCAGAAAGUUGUGUGUAAAAGCAAAAUAUGCUCUUAUUGAUGUCAUGUAUGGGAUUUCAUAAUGUGAUAAUAAUGAUAUCGAGAUUUAUAUUGUGCAGUUACUAUGUGAAUUUACUCAACUGCACAUUGAAAAAUCAGUGAAAGUUUCAUUACUAUAUGAAAUAAAUUUUCUACUAGGGUAUUCAUCUACUCAUUAAAACUUUAAUUAGUGUUAUGGCAUAAUACUAGAUUUAAAUGCCUUUGAAAGGAGAUGGUAACAACCAUUUUUAGAUCACUAAAAGACAUUUCUUUUACUUCAAGAUUUUAUACUGUGUUACAAGCUUCUUGUUUAAUCAAUUUUGUAAAACAGUUUUGCUAAUCCUCUCAGGCUUUACUCUGCAUAGGCACAUGGACAAUUGUGAUGCAGCUCCAGAUAUUUGUUCUGUGUUUAUAUGCAGGUUAAACUGUGAAAUAACGACAAAAAUAUCCCCAAUGAAUGAAGUGUCAAAGACACUUAAAGCAAGAGUAGUUCUCCUAUUAAUUAUGAAUGCAACCACGGUGGAAUGCAAUGUGGCAGGUCCUUGCUUCUCAUCAAGCUAGGCAUUCUAGUUUAUCUCUGUUAGAGUAAUCCACAUAUUCCUUUGUAACUGCCUGCUCACAUAAAUAGGUGAUGAUAGUUAGGUGUUGAUUGUGAAAAUAGAUCUAGAAAUAGAAUUUCUAUACAGAUUACAGAGGCAUAGAGGAUUUACCUUUUGAGCAACAACCAUUUGAUAUGCAUUUUGUUUACUUGUUCUAACAUGUUUUCAUUGUAAUCAAUCUCAAACUCCUUCAUCAUGUACUCUAAGAUGAAAGUAUGGAGCAAAACCCAUGUAUUUGCAUUGUUUUUGUUUUGUUUUUUGUCACAGGCAUGUUCUCUCUCUCCCUUCCCCUUACUCUUUCUCUCUCCGUGUAAUAUAUAUCUAUGUAUAUAUACAUGUAAUAUGUUUCUCUUUCUCUCUCUCUCUGUUUCUCUCUCUCUUACUCUCUCCUCUUCUCUCCCUGUCUGAGUCUGCUUCAUGAUAAAUUACCACGUCCAUGACUGUUGAUGCAUCGUCAUCGAAACGAGAGACAAGUCAGCACCUUUGAAAGAGUAUUCUUGCCGUGGGCUGCAGGCAAUCAACUUAAUGGAAGUGUCGAAAAGCAUUCUGCGUGCCGUUUUGAUGAAUUGCACUGCUGAUCCACAUGGAGAGCCAUGCAGCCAAUGCUCCAUAGAGAAUGCACAGAGGGUACCUAGAAAAGUUUGGAUUUAGCCCAACGCAGAGCGCAUUGCGUCCUGUAGUGCCAACUACAGCCAUGUAGCGGUAUAUUUCCAGGGAAAGUGUGUAGGAGGUAAAAUUAAUGUCUAGAGACGUACAGAAAUGUAUUUACAUCUGAAUGCAGAAUGGAGUUUCCAGGUACCUGUCUGCAAUGGGUAGGCCUAGUGUAAGAGAUUAACUUGUUGCAUCAGUGAGGACGUGACUUGUUUGUGGGAGGUGAAAGCUGAUUGAUAUGGUUGGUGCAAGUGAGAUAAAUAAUAUAUCCCUAUCCGUCUAUAUUCUAGAGCAGCAUUUUCAAGAAUGAUGUAUUGAUUUUCUCUAAAACCUAAAUGCUGUCUUGAAUUGUAGCUGAAAUAUUACAAGUGCUAGUCGUGCAGAAUUGAAGAUCACAUCUCAUUGUUAUGAUUAUGUACAAAGAGAAGUGUCUCCACUUUUCUCUGUUUCUCACUUGCUCUGUUCUUGGUAUUGAUUGUAAUCUCUCUCCAACUCUCUUUUCCUCCCUCUCUUUCCCUUUUUCUUGCUCUCUUUCUCUCUCUUCCCCUCUCUUCCCUUCAUCUUAACAACUUUACAGAUUGUGUGUCCACUUUCUUCCCCUCGAUCCUAAAGUCUUAGAUUUGUACCCAUCAAUAGUGGUAGGGACCUAUUCUGUGUAAAAGAUUGAUUCAUCAUGUAAGUUUACGGAGUACAACUAAAAGCUAUGCUAGAAAGUAAUGAAAUAAGAUGUUAUGUGUUUAAAAAUCAUGUAUCGUUCAUAGAAACAAGAAAAAAAAGGAGACAUUGUAAAGGUGUAUUACAUUUCUUAUUUUAAUGGCAUGUUCUACAAUGGAGGAUCUGGAUGAGUUCAUAUUAGCUAUGCAAAAAGUGAUUAUAAUGCCAAUAAACAUUGUAUGUUUGAAAGAUGGAAAGUUGUGUUGAGUUAGCCAAAUGAAGAAGAGACAAGAAUUUUAAUAUUUUUGGUAUUUUGACAAUUACGUUGUAAAUUUCUGUAAAUAUGAUUGAUUGUAAACUGAUUAUUUAUACUUGGUAGUCUUUCAUUAGUCCAAGGUUUUUAUGCAAGGAAUUUCUGCACAGUUCAUUUGAAAAGAGUGGCGCACAUUUGCCCCUUGACACUAGAUCAGCAUAGACUGUAUAUUGGAGUUUAGUUUUAGCCUACAUUAUCAGUUGGAAAUUUAAGUUUUUAACAUGGAGUAAGACACAAUUUUGGGGCAUUAUAUGUAUAUAUUUAUUUUUACGAAUAUACCAAUUUGUAUAAGUUAAAUAGUUUUGGCAGGUUUAAUAUUGGGGUGGACAAUUUUCUUUUCAUUUAGUGUUAUCUGUUACAUUUUGCUCAUGUAUGUGUUCAAAUUCUGAACCCAUCAUCCAAGGUUUGAGUGUCAUUAUGUAUACUAGAUAAAGGGAAUGGGACUGGCUCACUUUUAAAAAAAAAUAUGUUAGGAUCCACUUUUACUCCCAGCAAUGCAAACCAUCUCAUAUGACUCGUUGGUUAGCAGGUAUAUACUGUUGAUAUAUCUCAAUCUACAGCAGGAGAAAUCAUGCCAUUGAUUACUAUGCUCAUAAACAUGAUCAUCUCCAUCCAUUAAGGACCAAUUGGGGGUUUCACUGGCCUAUGACAAUAACAAGCCAGUACACAUCCUGUUUUCUAUGUAAUCUUUCUAUCAGAAAAUUUAGAAUGAAGGAUCACAGAUUUCUGGAUGUUUACCAUCAUAAUUUGCAUUUUUUUUUUUUGGGGGGGGGGGUGGUUGGUGGGAUUCCUAAAACAAACAAAUAGAAAAUAAAACUUUAGAAAUAAAUUUUCUUCGAAAUCCAAAUUCCAAUUUGUUUCUGUAUUUAAAUACUUAGUGUCAAUCUUUGUAUUCACUGAUUUAGAAGGAUAUUGAUAGUGAUGACUUAAAGGGAAUCAUUUGUCAGUUUCCAUGUGCAGAAGGCCAUAAUUCGCUGACACCAGACUUGGUGGAAAAACCAUUAAUGGGAGUACAAAUCUGCACACAGCAAACCCGUAGGCCAGUCAAGAAUUGCCCCUUAUCUCUCGGAGAGUCUAGCUUCGGAUCCCGCUUCGGAUCGGGUGAGGGAAAAGCAAAGAAUUACCGGUCGAAUGGUCAUAAAAAACUGAAGGCUAACCCUGGUGAUUGACAACUACUGAGUGUCUUUAAUAUACAAAUACAUUUUAGAAUAUAUAUUCACCUUAUUCCAGAAUGGUGUUUGGCUAAAUCUCCAAUUCAAAAUUUAAAAAAAUUCCUGUUGAAUAGAGAUAUAAUUUCUUUUAAAUAGUUAUGUUUGUAUAUCUUUUGCUAUUGUGCACUCAUGUCUAUACAUAUGUAUUUUGUUUCAUCUUCUGUACAUUUUAGUUUACAAUUUUGUAUGAAUAUCAGUAUUACCAGCAAAAUGCAUAUAUUUGGACUCCUAUGACAAAUUUCAUUGUUGUAAAAACCCUGUCAAAUAUUUCAGUACUCUUCUAGAAGCAUUUCAGUUGUUGGAGAAUUUACUUAAUUUUUAUAGAAGUUUGUACGGAUAAUUCAUUACAAAUUUCAUUGUUAUAUGAUGGGGGUAUUAAAAUGUAGCCAAUUUAACCAAAAUUAAAAUGAGCUUUGAUAGAUUUAUUCCUUUAAUGAUUUCUUAAUUGUUAGAAACUCAUAUAGAUAGUAAUACCUAACAACUAUUUAUUUACUAAACGAAAAACAAACCUUUUCAUCAUAACUACCAAAUUAACAGUGUCCUAUUUUUACACUAGUACUUAAUCAUAUUUGUGUGUGAGAUUUAUUAUUUACUAUGUUUAAUCUGUGUAUAGUGUAUUCAGUUUUUGCCUGCCCUCAUGUUAAGUAUAUAUAUUGAAGGAAAAAAAAAGAAUAGUGGGGUCAUAUGGUCUGAAUUUUAUUUGCAAAAUUGUAUUCAUAUUUUUUAUUUCAAUGUGUACAUUAUGUUUUGUAUAUAAUUUGAUGACAUAUCAGAGAACAUUUUUUUAAAGAUGAAUAACAAAAUAUUGAAAUAUGUAUACCAGUCCUUCCAAUGCACUCUCUAGGACUGAAAUAAAUGGUCAAAUGGUAACAAAUCUGUCUCAUAUUUCAAAAUGUUUAUGUAUAAAUAUCUGUUUUGAAUCGUUGAUUUGAUUUCUUUUUUGUGUGUAAAUGUAUGAAGGGAUAAUAGUAAUUUCAUUGUCAAAUAGUCAAAAUAGUAAGUAGAAUAUAAUAGCAGCUAAUUUCUUAAUUUGGGUUAUAAUACUAAUACCAUGAUAUUAACAUUUUCUACUGUUAUUGAACUUGUAACUGGGAUACAGUAGUGGCUUGGGGAACAUUAAUCAGUAGUAUUCAAGUACCUAGAGUAGAAAUUAGAUUAAUGUUACAUAUUUUUUCAUGCAAUGUAACAAGGUUGUUUUUUCAUAUUCAAGAAAGAAUUGCAAGCAUUUGCUCUCAUAACUGGUGAUAUAAUAGAUGUUUAAUAAGAUAUGAUGCCAUUACGAGUAGAACGUAUAUUCUUCCCACAACCGCUGUAAAAUACGACUACCAAUUAACACAACCGUAGAUAUUACCAUCUUGUAUCGUUCCUUUCUAAUCUAUGUGAUUGUAUAAGGUGUGUAAAAUUCACAUUUGAGAAUCUGAUUCAUCAGCAAAAUGUUAGUAUGAAAAACUGUACCGUAUGACAUUUCUGCACAAUAAAAAACAUGAAUAAUGUAUAGAUAAACCAUGGA